GCUCUUGCUCGCGCACGCGCCAGCUGGGUUAGCGCGCCCACGCGGACCCGAUGGUAGGACAGGUCACAGCUGAGCCGAUGAGAUCAUGGAGGCUGCGCUGAGGUCGGACGGGAUACGGCCGACGGGACUGAGCGGUGAUGGAGAGCUGCCUGUCCGAAGCCAUGAUGACCUGCAGUGUAACUGAAAGUCCAAGACUUCUUGGAGCAUCACUGCCAACAGCCUCAUAUUUUCUUCAAAAAGACAAAAUAAGUCUCAAUUCAUGUGCAGUCAGAUAUGGACAAGUGAAUAAGUGCCCUUUAUUACUCCCAUUGCUUAUUCUUAUUCCACAAAUGGAUAUCCCAGUUUUUCUGUCUGUGACAAUUUGCUUCCAGAUGUUAUAUUUUGCCAUACAACCAUGCCUUUAAACAUAAGAGCCAAGCCCUCGCACAGCAAGCUGACUGCUGCUGCUGCAAAGAGUGGUGGGCAAAAUGAUGGCAGCUCAUCUCAUUCACGCUUCUCGAGGUCUACAAAACAGGGAAAAGGUAAACAGGCUGUCAGCUCAGGUCCUGGGUCCCGAUCAGGACUUGAGCCCGGCUCUGUGUCAGGGGGCGGGCCUCCACCAGCAGCUAAACUGACCGGAGCACAAGGUUCAGUUUCAAAGCUUGGUUCAAGACUCAAAGUCAACACAUCAACAGCAGAUAAAGGAUCAACUCGUGGUUCAGCAACUGCUCCAGGUGGAAAAACCAUGUCCAUGGAGAACAUCCAGUCUUUAAGUGCGGCCUAUGCCACUUCUGGCACCAUGUAUCCCAAUGAGCGGGAGUCCUUGGAACCCUCUGGUGGAUACCCUAAAAGUACCAUGACAUUAGGGCGGAGUACCAGCCGCUCAUCUUCCACUGGCCGCAGUACAGCAAUUGGAAGCACCCCAAACAUCACAGCCUCUGGUAUGCACCACAUAUCAGACUCUUGUGGAGACCAAACUGUGUUUUCUACAGGAACUUCCAGUUUGCGACGGCAGUCUGGAAGAUGCACACAAACAUUGGAUUCAGAUGAUCGGGGAGAGGUUUCCACCUGUGAUCUCCAGGCUCAGCUGAGGGAUCUGCAGAGAGAGAAUGAAAGUCUCCGGAGGGAACUGGAUGGAGGGAGGGAUGGAAAGACAGGCUAUGGCAUUAAUAGUGUUAAUUUCUGGAGCCCUGAUGUAAAGAGAGACAAGGGGAGUAGGCGUGAAGAGGGAGUAAGGACGCCUGCUCUAAAGGAACAGUGCAGAGUGAACCAAGACGAUUUACAGCUGGGGGAUAUAAGAAGAAACAAGCAACUUCCUUUGACAGUUCAGGAGCUACAGGAGGAGCUGAGAGCUCACAGAGAGACAAACAGUCGCCUGCGGCAACAGCGGCAGCAGAGCAGCUCCUACCGAGAACACCAUAUGGACCAGGAGUUCAGAGGGGGGCUCAGUCCUGGCCACAGUCCCAGACAAAGUUCCAUAAACCUGCACAGUCCAGCACCAAAGAACAGCCCCAAAGCCAGUCCAUCGAACACCUACAAUCCAAGGCAACAAGAGGCUGACAUCAUUAUUCACAGUCCUGGCUAUGGGUGUAAUACAUUGGCAGCCACGCAGAGACUUAGCCCAGCCAACACCCUUCAGCCUGGACAAAGGAACAGUCCAAGCCAGGCCCUCUACAGUCCUAGUCAGGGAGCAUUGCCCAGCUCUAGCCCCCGUCAUCCAUGUAGCCCCUGUCAGGUGCCUGGGUGCGACGGCUUUUCUUCACCUCCUCCUCAGGAUCCAACAGAGGAAAACUUCUUCCGACUGCAGUCAGAACAUGAGCGUCAAGCCAAUGAGUUGUCCCUGCUGAGGAAGACUAUGGAAGAGAUGGAGUUGAGAAUCGACUCCCAGAAACAGACGCUGGGUGCACGAGACGAGAGUAUCCAGAGGCUGCUGGAGUUGCUUCAGGGUCAGGGACAGUGGGGACGAGGACAGCGGACAGGCAUAAUUACCAUGGCAGCCCAGGAAGCUGAUGUCCACUUGGAGAACAUACAUUUGAGAGAGAACACGAACGCUUCUUUCUGUUUUGAUCCUGAUGUUAUCUGGCAGGACACCAAGAUCUCUUCCCUGGAGAGAAACAUCAGAGACUUAGAGGAUGAGGUCCAGAUGCUAAAAACCACCGGCCUGUUGCACCCUGAUGAAAGGCAGGAUGAACUCAAGCAGGUGGAAGUCUACAAGAGCCACUCUAAAUUUAUGAAAACUAAGAUAGAGCAGCUGAAGCAGGAGCUAAAUAGGAAGGACUCAGAGAUGCAGGCCCUGCAAACCAAACUAGAAACACUGACCAAUCAGAACUCGGACUACAAGCAACACAUCGAGGUGCUAAAAGAGUCGCUCAGUGCCAAGGAGCAGCGCGCCAACACACUGCAGACAGAGGUGGAUGCUCUGCGAGUGCGCCUGGAGGAGAAGGAACAGAUUCUGACUAAGAAAACCAAUCAGCUGCAAGACUUAAGUGAUGAAAAGAGCACACUGGCUGGAGAAAUCAGAGAUAUGAAGGACAUGCUGGAUGUCAAGGAGAGAAAAGUGAAUAUCCUACAGAAGAAGAUUGAGAACUUGUUGGAGCAGUUAAAAGAUAAGGACAAACAGCUGGUUGGAUUGAGAGAAAGGGUUCAGGGGCUUCAGACUGACUCCAGUAACACAGACACAGCUCUGGCCACUCUGGAAGAAGCUUUAUCAGAAAAGGAGCGAGUGAUUGAGAACCUCCGAGACCAGAAGGAACGAGAAGACAGGGUGAGGCUUGAAGAGAUGGAUCAGAUGAGGAGAGAGAACCAGGAACUGAAGGAAAAAUUGGCUGCUCUGCAACCCCCAAAGCUGUCUCAGAGCCAGGUCACCAACUCCAUCUUAAUCCAGAACCAGAGGCCUGAUGGGGAGGUUGAACCCAAAGUAGAUGGUUUUCCAGCAGUCAACCCCAUGACCCCAAAACCAGAGGAAACUGUCAGAAUCUGUCCAGACAUCGCAGAUCGUCUGAGGCUUCUCGAGCAGGAAGUGGCCCGCUACAGAGAGGAGUCUGGGAAGUCCCAGGCUGAGGUGGAGAGGUUAAAGGGAGCGCUUAAGGAUGCAGAAGUGGACAAAUCAUGCAAGGAGAAGAAAAUUACUGAUCUUGAGAGACCUGGGCAAAUCAAGUCUCCAAAUAUCCAGAAGCAGAUUGUGCCUGGCGAGAUGAGGAAAGAUGCCUUGGCAGAUGGACAUCCACACUCUUUAUCACAGCUUUGCAAUUCCCAGGAUGCCAUGCGUGAGACGGCGGAGCGGAUAAUGGAGCUGGAGAAGGCUCUGAGGGAUACCAUGAACACCUCGGCCCAUAGGGAGGCCCUUUGGGCGCAGGAGGAAGCCGCCCGUGUUCAGGCCCAAAGACAGUUGGAGGAGCUGAUGGGAGCUUUAGAGAAGACUCGCCAGGAGCUAGAUGCCACUAAAGUACGUCUGUCCUCCACUCAGAAGUGCCUACAUGAACGAGAUGGACACCUAAACCAACUGCGGCAGGAGAGACGCAAACAGCUGGAGGAGAUUCUGGAGAUGAAGCAGCAGGCGUUGCUGGCAGCCAUAAGUGAGAAGGAUGCCAAUAUUGCCCUUCUGGAAUUAUCUUCUUCCAAACGCAAGAAAGCCCAGGAGGAGGUGAUGGCUCUGAAAAGGGAGAAGGACAGACUCAUGCACCAGCUCAAACAGCAGACCCAGAGCAGAAUGAAGUUAAUAGCAGACAAUUAUGAGGAAGACUACAUCCACCCCCAACAUCACCCUCAUCAUUUGCACCACAUGCAUACAGCAAAUUUGCAUCACCGGAGUCUGCCAAGAGGGGACCCACAUGCCAACCACCGACCUCCGAUGGAUCAGGAUGACGAAGAGGGUAUUUGGGCUUGAUGAAUACUAUCCAUAGGAACCUGCAUCUCUUUGGUGUCUAUGCAUUUGGAAUCACAAGAUUGAUUAGCUUCAGUUCCCAGGACCAGACGAUUUGUCUUUGUUUUCAGACCCCAUUAAUAAAGCACAAAAGUUCAUCAGAUUGGGCUUUUAAAUGCUUAUAAAUUACGUCAUUGAUACAGGUCACAUUCGUGGACAAAUGCAGUGCUUUGCUGGGCACCCAAGCUCCUAGUGGAUGAAUCUCAUACCGCAGCUCAAUAUUGGCAAGUUUGCUCCUGCCUUCAAUUUCUGGGCUGUUUUCAAUAGACUGGGAGCUGGAUUCAUUUUGCAGUGCUGUGGUGCAACAGAGGCCUGACUUCAUAGUAACGAAGAGUCACAACAGUGUUGACGACUGCAAGCAGACUGAAGCCGAGCCAGAUACGCAAGCCCUAGAUCCAUACCUGUUCAGGUUUAUGUUUGCAGGCUUGUGUUUACUUCUGGAGCUAAAUAUCAGACUUUUGUAAAUAUGACAACAUGGACCUCAAAAUCAACAACCCACUAAGACCUCCUCAAUGUAUGGUGCCAAAGGAAUUGCCGCAGUCCAUUGGGAUAAAUAAAAAAAGAUGAAACACCAACUGAUUCAACUCUUAUCCAAGACUUUCAACACUGAACGAUCUUAGUGUCUUGCAAAAGUAGUCAUGCCCCUUUGGAACAUAAAACACUUCCGUCAUGUUACAACCAAAAGCUUAAAUGUAUUUUUUGGGGAAUUUUAUGAACCAAUAAACAUUUUUUUUUUUCUUUUUUGGUAGAACCAAUUUUUGCUAUAAUCACAGCUGCAAGGCGUUUGGAGAGCCUUUGUGAUAUUGAAUGUCUAGUCUUGCUACAAUCUCACAAAUGGAUUUAGGUCUGAACUUAUGUAGCGUUAGUUUUCUAGUCCACACAGAACUGUGCAUAUUGGCUUCAAAAUUCUGUUUAAUCUCCCUUGACUAAAGCAAAUGACAUCAUAUUUGCUCUCUGCUUCUUGGUUUGUGGCAAACACACCAUUGUCGGUUGGUUCUUAACAUAUAAUCCCAAUAAAAACAAACUAAACUGUGUUAGUAACAUGAUGAAAUGUUAAAAAUGUUCAAAGGCUAUAAAUAAUUUUUUUGAGGAAAGGCGUAGUAAAUCUACUGCACAGGCAUUAAAAGAAGUGAACCUUGAUGUUCCCAUAGAGAAAAUGAGAAUCCACUUAUACUCAAUCAAAAAGUCAAAACCUUAGUUUACAGUGAAGAAAAAUGCAGUGUUUUUCUCCUUAUUAAUGUGUUCUGUUUGGUUUUCUGCAACUGAAGCAUCUGAGUGCCACUCUUAUUCUUUUCUUCUUUUUACAUCUGCUGUGUGUCUUAUACUGAAGAGUGAUGUAUUUAUUGUCUAUUUGAUUUUGUGAAUUUCUGUGACUAAUCUAACAACACUGAAGUGACUUGCAUUCCAAAUAACUAUUAAUUUUUUCACUGUACUAAAAGUUGGUUUGAAGUGACAAUAAUUGCUGUUUUGUUGUGGACUCAGCAGCUUCACAGUGUGUAAAUGACUGAAUAUGUCCAGUGUAUGUGUAGGCGUGUGGGGGCGUGUGUGUGUGUGUGUGUGUGGUUUGGUCCUGCUCACUCAGUUGUGACUGUGAAAGUCUGGGGGUAACAGUAUUCACCCUUGGCUCAUUCCACAAUGUUUGGCAGCUUUCAGUUUGUUCACAUUGUUUGAAUAAAACUUUUAACUUAAGUGGCAA